AUGCUGAAAAUUAUAUCAGAAUACUUGCAUGGACUAGCUGCAUAUUGGUUUGAAGAAAAUGACAAUACUAUUAAUCGAUGGAAUGAAGAUGAUAAUGCUACUGCAAGUUUUUUAAAUAUACUUCGCCAAGGACCUUAUGAAAAAGUAGAUUUUUAUGCAGAAAAAUUUAAAAAAUUGUUAAAGAAAGUCGACUCUUCUAGUGUCUUAUUAGAUAAAUAUACUGUGAGACUUUUUUUUAAUGGAUUAAGAAAGAAUAUCGUCCCUUUCAUAGCAUUUUCUUAUCCUAAAAAUGUAGAUGAAGCUAUUGAAGCAGCUAAAUAA